AUGUUCGGCUUUUCCCGUGCAUCGGUGAUCGCAGAACUGCUAGCGGUGUCGAUAUGCUUCUCCAAUGCCUUCGCUGCUGUUUGCAACUCAACUUGGAUCAGAUCCCAAGCUGAUGCAGAUGCGCUUCGUCGGAACUGUCCAAUCGUCAUUGGUCAUGUUGGUAUCGGUCCAUUUGACGGCGACUCCACUGUACAUAUCAACCUCGACGGUAUCGAAUUGAUCGCAGGCACCCUUGGGGAAUAUCCUGCUUCCCGGCACGAAUAUUCCACUCAGCCCUAUUACACACUCUCCAGUUCAUCUUUGAGAGGAGUCGAUGCAGUCGAGUUUGGAGCCUAUGACACUAGAAUAAUGAACCUCACACUUCCCAAUCUCAAACGCGUGAAUGACUAUUUUGAGGCAGGAGACUAUGCUUACAAUCUAAAGUACCUGGACAUCACGAGUCUGGAUACCGCGUCAACCAUUACGCUUUCAGCCCCAAAUCUCACCACGCUCCACCACACAAGGUUGCGCAAUGUGACUAAAUUGCAUAUUCACCCGAUGCAGAUUAAUUCGCUUGAUAGUUUGACUGAUAAUCAGCUCAAUCUGCGAGAAGCGACGUUGGAAGGUCCAUUCCCAAACGUCGACAAUAUUCCUAUUGGAUUCACGUCUGCAAAAUACCUCAUAAUCAAGGACAAUUCAUCUGUCACUCUGGGAGGCUCCUCAACAACAGCGAUGGCCGUCGAAGAACUCAGGCUCUCUGAUGGUGUUACGGAUCUUAAGCGUAGUGCACAGGUCAAUACACUCGAGGUUGAUACUUUAGUGAUAUCAAGCUCCGUUGAUAUCACUCGUCUGGAACUACCGUUUGACAAUCUCCGCUCUUUCAUGAUUGAGCGACGCGCCGAGACACAUCCUAUGAAAUCCAUCAUCCUUCCCCCUCAAGCCCUAGAUUGGACAGGCGGUUUUGAACUUCAUAUCUCAUCCGCCCCAGAGUUAAAUUUGACGUCGAUAUACGACCAUGACGAGAAAGGCAAUCGCAUUCAGACGUGGUACUGGCCAAGGAAUGUCUCAUACAUUGAUAUGGUGGAUGUAACUACAGGAAACGCAUUCUUUGAACCCUUUGUGGUCCAGCAAAAGGCCCCGUUGGAUAGUCAAUUUCCUCCUUCAGCCUUGAAGACCUUUCGGGUUAUUCCAUCAGCCAACUCUACCCAUUUCAAUUGCACGCCAUUUACGGAGCUUGUGGACUCGGGUCGUUUGCCGAGCGCUAGAAGCGCGAUGUUUUGCCGAAAUUCGACGCAACCUACCAGCGGCACCACCCGGACCCAUGCACCAAUUUCUCUCAGUGCUGUCAGUGCUUUUGUGAUUUUCGCAUGGAUGCUAUAA